AACACUGGCUUGCAAUUGACGUGCUGUACAAUCAUCUAUUGGUCUUCCUUUUUGCGAUAUUAUGCUGCCAAUAAUAUCAUAAAAAAGAAAGGAAAAACAACACAUACAAUCAAAAAACAGAGCAACGGGGUGGCUGUGCAUACUUCGCAUCCAAAGGCUUAUACGCUGGAGUUGGUAUUUGCAGUUGCUGUUGUUGUUGUUGCCCGGGAGCGGAGAGCCGAGACUUCAACUGAACUGAACUGAAACUAAACGUGAGCGUGCAGAGAGCGCGUCCAACACAAAUCACACUGCGUAUACGUAUUUUCGUCGCUUUUAUUUCCGUUUGUUGCUUGAUGAUUGAAAACAUCAAUAAUAAUAAUAACAAUUACAUUACGCACAAAUAAAAAUCGAAUGCAAUAAGUUUGGAGAUUGAAAAGCAUUUGGUUGAUAAAAAGGCAGAAGCGUAUUUGGACGAAGAAGAAAAGCUGAAUGAUAAAAUUGAAAAAUCGAUACGACGACACAUAAAAAUAAAGUGUUGAUUGUUGUUGUUUGGCUGGCCCAAAGCAAAAAAAAAAAGGACACGCAGCAUAUAAAUUGAGUUUUUGGAAAAAGUUGCAAAAAGAAAAAGGACAUCAUGGGAAACGAGACAUCGCUGCCAAUGGACAUGUGCUCCAAUUUCGAUGCGGAUGAGAUUCGACGACUGGGCAAACGUUUUCGCAAACUCGAUCUCGACAAUUCGGGAGCCCUGAGCAUAGAUGAGUUCAUGUCGCUGCCCGAGUUGCAGCAGAAUCCGUUGGUGCAGCGCGUCAUCGACAUUUUCGAUGCGGACGGCAACGGCGAGGUGGACUUCAAGGAGUUCAUACAGGGCGUCUCACAGUUCAGUGUGCGCGGAGAUAAAUUGUCGAAGCUGCGUUUCGCCUUUCGCAUCUACGACAUGGACAACGAUGGCUACAUAUCGAAUGGCGAGCUAUUCCAAGUGCUCAAAAUGAUGGUGGGCAACAAUCUGAAGGACACGCAACUGCAACAGAUUGUCGACAAGACCAUCUGUUUUGCCGACAAGGAUGAGGACGGUAAAAUCUCGUUCGAUGAGUUCUGCUCGGUGGUUGGCAAUACGGAUAUACAUAAGAAAAUGGUUGUGGAUGUUUAAACACGAAGAAAAAAAAAACACGGCCACACACACACACACCUAGUAUACAACACAGAAAAGUGUCGAGUGUGCUCGACUGUGAGAUACCCGCUACCCGCUUAGAUACAAUAUCUAUUUCCGAUUGUUAUGAAAUUUCCCAACAAAUAUGUGUGUAACAACAACAAACAAAAUUCUAGUCUCGUUUAAAACUUAUGCUCACAAUACGUAGCGUAGUUGCCACACCAGUAUUUGUCAUCAGACGACUUAUCAUAUCCUUCUAGCCAAUUGGGUAGCGGGUAUUUUUUUUUUUUUUUUUUUUGUCGUCUCUCGUUUCGGUUGGCAUUAAAAUUUAAUGUAUGUAUGUACCUAGCAAUUAUGUAUGUACUCGAAACUCGGAAACUCGUAAGCAUAAGUACAUAAGUAUGCAUGUAAUUAUUUAAGUGCGUGCCAACGAGGCACAACAACAACAACAACUAUAACUAUACUACAACAUCUACAACUUAAGACAAAGAAAUAUCCAUAUGGAAAUUCGAAUUUGAUAUCAAAUUCCCUCGAGCGUGUGAAGAUAACAUGUGGAAAGGAAAUUGGUAUUUGAUUUAUACCCCAACUUUCUCCCUCAUUCCUUCCUCCCCUUAAAACUUCCUUUCCCCACACUUCCUGCUCCUCGGCUCUCAGUGUGUGUCUUAUACCGAAUCCAGAGAACAAGUAACGCACUUCUGGAUCAGCAAACUAUAUCAAAAAACAUAAAAAAAAACAAACAAAGAAUUACUAUAAUUUUAACUGGCAUCCUUGAAGGAGCUGACUCGAUCCUGUAUCCCAUAUGUAAAUCGUAUUUUUUUUUUCUAUCCCAUAUUUGUUUUGUUGGUCGUGUCUUGUUUUGCAUUUUCUAGAUAUUCUAUGCAAAGUUUAUACUUUUAGUGAAUUUUUAAACUAAUUAAAUGUUGUGUAUUAAUUAUGAAUGUACAAAAAGCAAAAAAACAAAAUAUUGUUCAAUUACAAACACCAACUGUA